AUGAAAAGAAGAAGCAACGAUUUAUUAGAAACUUUCGAGGCCGCUGAUGUAACGCCACCGAGCGAUAAUGGCGAUGGUAAGAGUGGUGGCGCCAGUGCAAGUGGUACUGUCACAGCAUCAGCUUCUGGUAGCGGUAGGAAGAGAAACAAGCUUAUAAAAUCUUGUGGGUUUUGUAGAAGAAGAAAACUUCGUUGUGAUCAGCGGAAGCCAAUGUGCUCUACGUGCAUUUCCAGAAACUUGACGACCUGUCAAUACGCUGAAGAGUUCAAUAAGAACAUUGAAAAGAAAUCCAUCUACGGUUCUUACUCUAAUUCUGACUUAAUAAAGAAAAUUGAGGGUCUGGAAGAUAAGAUUCGUUAUUUAGAAAAUGAAAAGGGUAUCAAUUCACCUACGAGCGCCGUAUAUACUUCUCCAAAUUUUUCGCUUUCGAAUACCAGCGCAUGUGGAGGAUCCACUGAAACCUCGUCUCCGUUACCAGAUGGUGUGAUAAACCCAUAUGCUGAUCGGUACUAUCUACAGAAUAAGCACUCAGGCCGGUCGAUACUAUACGGUCCGACUUCUAUGAGAACGCAGAUUGCAAGUGGUAAUUGCGGGUUCAUCGAGAAAUAUAAACAAUUAUGGGCAAAGGUUAAAGUAGAAAGAAAUAAAUGGAAGCAAACCAGCCAAAAAACAAUGUGUAGGGAACUAAACCUUUUAGAUGAGUCGAGCAGGGAACCCGAUUCUUUGAUCAAACAAAUAUGCAACUCUUUACCAUCAUACAGCAAAAUUUCGUCUAUCCUGGAUAGUUUCUUUACUGAUGAGGCAAGUAAUGAGAUUAAUUUCAUUCUUGACAGGAAAAAAGUUAGGAAAGACUUUCUCGAUUAUUUCAUGCCAGGAAAGGAUGUCUUACCAAACGGCGAGAGGCCCAUCGCUUAUAUUUUGUCCAACCAGAAGAAAAACUAUUAUAAGGCAGCUGUGAUACUAUUGAUCCUGUGUUUAAGAUUCUAUCAUGAGAGUGUUCCGCCUCCAAUUGAAAAGUUUAUGAUUUUCUUGAAUGGUGUCUCUACGGCCAAAGCUUUUUAUAUCGAACGUGCUCAAAUGUUGAUACUACUCUUUUACCAUCGUGAAAUAUAUGCUUUCGGCGGCGAUGGAUCUGAUUUAGUUAAUUUAAACGAAUCUCUAUUCACCACGGUUACCACGCUCGGGUUGCAUCUAGAUAUUAGAAAUAAUUUCAAAUCUCAACAAAAAUAUAUGGGCUGUCUGGAAAGUUUAGAAAAUGUGUGGUUUAUGGCAAUAUUGAUUGACUACAACAAUUCUUGCCACAUUGGUAGACCCUUAUUGAUUGAUAAAUUUUUUCUAGACGAAAAGCAAGACUAUUGUAUUUUGAAUGAUGAAAGUAAAACAUAUGAGGGGAAGUUGAAAAGAUAUCUGAAAAUGGCAAGGCCCAUGUUACUAACUCUUUAUGAUAGAGAAAAGUUUCCAGAUUUGAAAGAUUUUUCGAAGAAAAUUAUCAAUUUUGUGGAAGUAGAACUCGAACCGCUUCGACAUUACACGGAUGAAAACCAAACUGCGGAAAUCCAGUUGAGAGAAAGUAGAAUUCUCAGUAUGGCAUUGGGAUUACUAUUAUCCUUUUAUGCGUUGUUGCACUCCGUUUUGAAACUAAGAAACAUCGAAUCCAAAAAUAAUACGUUUCAACUGGUUCUGAUAAAUUUUUCCAUCAUUGUUAAUACCACAAUCCGAUGCUUCCGUAUCGAUAAAGAACUUUACCCAGAGAUGUUGGAGCCCUCGUAUCAACACUUAUCGCCACAUAUAGCGUUGUCGAUGAGCCUGACGGCGGGGCUUUUUUCGAAAACCCUAGUUUUCUUUUGUUCGUUGAUAUAUUUCAAAUUAACACUUUUCGAAAACGGGAUCUGUCUGUCAAAUGAUAUGGAGAACGGAUGGUCGGAUUUGACCAGGAUAACCGUGCCUCUGGACAAAGAUUUGUCGUUAAGCACAGCAAUGAGCCUGUACACGACGAUUUUCGAUCGGCUAUUCACAGCGGACGAUAAAGAAUUAAUACGCGUAAUGCACAAAUCGCGGCAGUUUGUGAUGUAUUUGGCUAUUGAAAGGACUUAUAGAACCAUUCUUGGCAACGUUAUUGAAUUUAGAAAAAGUUCCGAGGAAACAUGGCUAGCCCAAAUCAAGCAAGAACUAGAUCCUCAAAAUCAUCAUCCGUCAUCAGAACCAAGAAUGGAGCAUGAAAAACAGCAGUAUUCGUCUGCACCACAGAAUGCAGACACUGCAGUGCCGCUACCCGCUUCUUCAUUGCUUCCAGCCACUUCACCCAUACUAGAUGACAACAAGAAUCAUACGAAGAGCCAAUCAGAGAUCAUCCAAAUGUUAGCAGAUGAGUUUUGGGCGAAUUAUAAUUCUGGAUGGGAAGAAUUGGUGAACCAGUCGGAGUUUUCUUCUCUUUUUAAUGAUUACGAAGACAAAUAA